CGCAUCUUUUGUCUUCUUACACAUUAUAAAAAAGUUCCGGGUUUCAAGGAUUCCGGCUAACGGAGAAGGCUGCUGUUCCUACCAGAAAUCAGUUUCAAAUGCGAAUUGAUCCUGUAACACUUGGACCUCAUUUUCCAGUUACCCUGCAAUGGAACUUGUUGUAGCUUAUCUGCAUGAUCGAGCUUUACGACGUGAACGAAGGUAUCGGGACCCUUUGGAUCCCAUAAAUAUAAGCGAUGAAAAUCUAAUUAGAUAUUAUAGGUUUCCUCAAUGUGAAAUUCUAAGACUGUGUGAAGAGUUAGAUCCAUUUUUAAGGCGUAGAACGAGAAGAUCUCAUGCUGUUCCCAUACACACGCAAGUGUUAGUUGCCUUAAGAUUUUACGCCAGUGGAACCUUUCAACAUGUACUUGGUGAUACAGUUGGUCUUACCCAAGCUAGUGUCAGUAGAAUUAUUAGAGAUGUGACCCAAAUUCUCACAGAAAGGGCAAGAUUUGAAAUAAAGAUGCCAACAGGUAAUGUACAAAUAGCAAGAACUGUGCAAGGUUUUGCCAGAAUAAGAAACCUUCCAAGAGUCAUUGGUGCAAUUGAUGGAACACACAUACCCAUAAAAGCCCCAAUUGAAAAUGAAGGAACAUAUGUAAACAGGAAGCGAUACCACUCUCUCAAUGUACAAGUAGUAUGUAAUGCCAACGGGUUGAUCACAAACUACAGCACCAAGUAUCCAGGUUGUACACAUGACGCCUUCAUCUGGGCCCAGUGCUUACUUCGCCGUCGCUUUGAGGCGGGUGAUUUUGGUGAUAAUUAUUUGAUUGGUGACAGUGGGUACCCAUUAGAGGCAUUCCUCAUGACACCAUUCAGAAACCCCUCAACCCCUGGAGAAGUUAGGUAUAACAACAGCCAUACCAAAACCCGCGUAGUUGUAGAGCAAACUUUUGGUGUCCUAAAAUCACGAUUUAGAUGCCUUCACCGUUCUGGUGGAUCACUUCAAUACGAUCCUUCCAAAUGUGCCAAAAUUGUAAAUGCAUGUUUCCUUCUUCACAAUUAUUGUUUAAUGAGAAGGGUACCACUUCCCCACGACAUCGUCGACGAUGAUGGAGAGAUUGACAAUCCAGCUGAAGCUGUAGCAGGGACAGGCCAAGCAGUCCGAGCCAAUGUAGUCCGUAAUUGGUUUACUUGA